AUGUCAUUACCUUUGGGGCAUCCUUUAGAGAAUGCCACAUCCCUGGAUAGGGUCUUAGAAGAUUUAAUAGUACGUUUCAUCAUCAAUUGUCCUCCAGAGGAUUUUUCCUCUGUUGAAAGAGAGCUUUUCCAUGUAGAGGAAGCAUCAUGGUUUUACACAGACUUCGUCACGUUGAUGAACCCCAAUCUUCCAAAUAUGAGAAUUAAAUCCUUCGCGCAGCAUGUCAUUAAGCUGUGUCCACUCGUGUGGAAAUGGGAUGUUAAAGCGGACCAAGCGCUCAAAAAGUUUUCCCAAUAUAAGAAAAGUAUCCCUGUUAGAGGUGCUGCCAUCUUCAAUAAAUCUUUGACAAAGCUUCUGCUUGUGAAGGGUACCGAAUCUGACUCUUGGUCAUUUCCCCGUGGUAAGAUUUCCAAAGAUGAAGAUGAUGUUGAUUGUUGCAUUCGUGAGGUUCAGGAAGAAAUUGGAUUCGACUUGACUGACUAUAUCGAUGAAGAUCAAUUCAUCGAGCGUAACAUACAAGGUAAAAAUUACAAGAUUUUUCUGGUUAGCGGCGUUCCUGAAGAUUUCGAUUUUAAACCAAAGGUUCGUAAUGAAAUCGAAAAAAUCGAAUGGCGCGACUUCAGAAAACUAUCUCGUUCAAUUCACAAAACAAAUGUCAAAUACUACCUUGUUAAUGCUAUGAUUAGACCAAUGACUUUGUGGGUGAAAAGACAGAAGGGCAAUAAAGACGAGGAUCAAUUGAAAGCUCACGUAGAGGAGCAAUUAAAACUACUUCUGGGCAUUAAGAAGGAAGAGACAGCCGACCCAGGUAGAGAACUUUUGAAUAUGCUGCAGAAUGCUGUCUCUAAGCCCGAUGAACCCGCUCAACAAGAAACCCAACCGCAGGCGCCACCACCUUUACAACCACCGCCCAUGUCUUCAGGUCCGUUUAUGGUCCCUCCACCCCAGUUUCAUCAACAGUUUCCCUUCAUGGGAUUUCAGCCUUUUGCCCCAUUUCCAUUCCAUAAUGGGUUAAGUGCUCCACCAGGUGUGGCUCCACCUUCAUCUUCAGGUACUCAAAUGGUUGAAACACAGGCACCUCCUACUCCUAGUUUAAACGUGUUUGCCAAACCCACGGUUGCCGAGGAAGAGGAAAAAUCAUCGGCCGCACCAUCGAAAGUGCUGCUAGAUCUUUUGAAUCAAAAGAAUGAACAAAAGCAAAGUCAGGAAAAGCCCAAGAUUAAAUUAUUGAAGCGUGGUGAAGUUCUUGAAAAUCAAACGACAACCAAUAAUACAGAACAAGAUUCUCAAACGAUUAACGACAACAAAUCAAAUGCUAGCGCAUUACUAGAUGUGCUUCGGAGACCUAGCAAAAGUGCACAAGAGAGGGAUACUGAACUUUCUGGAAAGACUCAAAGCAUCCCAGAACCUUAUCAAUCCAUUAAUCAUAAUCUGAAAUCCGACGAUUUCAAUAACUCGAUUCUCUCUUCCUCGACCGAGGAAUCGAGUACGAAUGUUGAUGAGUAUGAAGACUUCGAAAGCAGUUCGAGUGAGGAGGAAGGUGAUCAACUCGAAGAAGAAGAAAAUGCCGAGGAAGUAGAGGAAGCAAUCGAGCAAGAUGAGGAACAUAAACUUGAACAGUUGGAGAAAACUGAGAAGUCUUCAGGAGUCGAAAACCAAGAAGCUUUGAAACAGAACUUUUUUACUACAGGGUCGGUACCUCAUGUAGAUGCCCGUAAUGUUAGUGACCUUUCAACUGGAGGAGUUGCAGAUUUAAAAUCAAUAAAAUCUCAAGCAAAACCUAAAAUAAAAAUUCUCAAGAGAGGCGAAACUCUCAAAGAUAUUGCCUUCGAGAGUCAAAAUCCGAGUGAGGCUUCUGCUGUUGAGAAUGAACCUGCGUUCAGUCAUCAACAGGACAGUAAAGAACUUUUGAACAUGCUGAAGAAAUCACAAAUGCUAGCUAUGGAAGAAGUCCAACAAUCGUUAGAAAAAGCGAGACUUUUAAAUGCUCCCGAACCAUCACGGCAGACAAAUAUUUCGAUUUUAUCAGAACCAAAUCAUCAAAGCGUCGCAUUCGAAACAUCUAUUAGUCCACAAACUUCGCGCGCUACCCCUCUGGCGGGAGGAUACUCUACAAAUGAAGGGAAUAUAGACAAGAAAACAUCAGACAGCGCCGACCUUCUAAGCCUUUUGAAGAGACCGUCUUCUAGCCAUCAAAAAUCAACGGAAGGUCAAAUACAUACUAUUGAUAACAGCAACGAAAUCAAAGAAGAAACCGAAAAGGGUUCAAAAGAGCUUCUGUCAUUACUCAAGAAUCCUGGUGUGAACAAGAAAAUAAAUUUGGAAAGAAAUGCAACGACAAUAACAAAUAUAGAAAGAUCUAAGCUCACUGAAUCAUCAGCACGCGAACUUAUGGGUGUUGUAAAUAAUGGAAAUGUGCAUGACAAUGCUUCUCACGUCUCUCCUCUAACGAGCCCUGCGUACUCUAGUUACAACUCCCCUUCUGAUCCAUCUUACUCAUUGCAUCAACCUAUCAAAGCUCAGAUGUUGAAUGGGCCCGGAACAAACUCCAAUACGGCCGCCUCGCACAGUUUAUUACAGAUGUUGAAGCAACCAAGGGCUCCAGAGUCCAAUAACUAUUCAGUACCUUCCCAUGAAAAUAGAGAAACAUACAACUCAACACAAGCAAUUGAUUCUCCAUCAAAUGAGCUUCUAAGUCUCUUGCAAAAAAAAUGA